GCGGUCUCGGCGCAGGGCUCUGGGGUCGCAUCCUGUCACGUGCCUCCCAGGGCGCCCUGGGCACGUGACCGGGCGCGAGUCACCUGACGCGCAAGGGUUUGAAGCGGCGCCGCGAGGGAGCGAGACCGCAGUGACAGCGGCGGGCGCUGGUGCCCUGGCUGCUCCGCCGCGCCCGCCGGCGUCCGGCGCUCCCCGCCCCGGGAUGGCAGCCCCCGGGGGCUGGGGUGGCUCAGAGACCGAGCACCUCCUGACCGCCAGCCCCGGGUAUGGGACCCAGGCAGGGGCAUCGCCGGCCCCUCCAGCCCCUCUGGAAGAAGAAGACCUCCGCCGCCGUCUCAAGUACUUCUUUAUGAGUCCCUGUGACAAGUUUCGGGCCAAGGGCCGCAAGCCCUUUAAGCUGAUGCUGCAAGUGGUUAAGAUCUUGGUAGUCACUGUACAGCUCAUCCUUUUUGGGCUCAGCAACCAGCUGGCAGUGACAUUCCGCGAGGAGAACACCAUUGCCUUCCGCCACCUCUUCCUCCUGGGCUACUCUGAUGGGGCAGACGACACCUUCGCCGCCUAUACGCGGGAGCAGCUCUACCAGGCUAUCUUCUAUGCUGUGGACCAGGUGCGGGCAGCCAAGGGCAGGUGCAGGCAGCCAGGGCAGGUGGGCAGGUGGGCAGGUGGGCAGGUGGUGGUGGUGGGGCUGACGGACCCUCCCCUUCUCUGCCUACAGUACCUGAUGCUCCCUAAUGUGUCGCUGGGCCACUACGCAUAUGUACGGGGCGGGGGCACCCCCUGGGCCAAUGGCUCAGCCCUGGCCCUCUGCCAGCGGUACUACCACCGCGGCCACGUGGACCCAGCCAAUGACACCUUUGACAUCGACCCAAGGGUUGUCACUGAUUGCAUUCGGGUGGACCCUCCUGAGAGACCCUUUGUGCCCCCCAGUGAUGACUUCUCUCUCUUGGAUGGCAGCGCCAGUUACAAGAACCUCACGCUCAAAUUCCACAAGCUGAUCAACGUCACCAUCCACUUCCAGCUGAAGACCAUCAACCUUCAAAGCCUGAUCAACAAUGAGAUCCCCGACUGCUACACCUUCAGCAUCCUGAUCACGUUUGACAAUAAGGCAUUCAGCGGGCGCGUCCCCAUCAGCCUGGAGACCCAGGUCCACAUCCAGGAGUGUAAGCACCCCAGUGUCUUCAGGCAUGGAGACAACAGCUUCCGGCUGCUGUUUGACGUGGUAGUGAUCCUCACCUGCUCCUUCUCCUUCCUGCUGUGUGCCCGCUCCCUGCUCCGUGGCUUCCUGCUGCAGAAUGAGUUUGUGGGGUUCAUGUGGCGGCAGCGGGGACGGGCCAUCAGCCUGUGGGAGCGGCUGGAAUUUGUUAACGGCUGGUACAUCCUGCUGGUCACCAGCGAUGUGCUCACCAUCUCGGGCACCAUCAUGAAGAUCGGCAUUGAAGCUAAGAACCUGGCCAGCUACGAUGUCUGCAGCAUCCUCCUGGGCACCUCGACGCUGCUCGUCUGGGUCGGCGUCAUCCGCUACCUGACCUUCUUCCACAAGUACAAUAUCCUCAUCGCCACACUGCGGGUGGCCCUGCCCAGCGUCAUGCGCUUCUGCUGCUGUGUGGCUGUCAUCUACCUGGGCUACUGCUUCUGUGGCUGGAUCGUGUUGGGGCCCUAUCACGUGAAGUUCCGCUCGCUGUCCAUGGUGUCGGAGUGCCUGUUCUCGCUCAUCAAUGGGGAUGACAUGUUUGUGACGUUUGCGGCGAUGCAGACGCAGCAGGGCCGCAGCAGCCUCGUCUGGCUCUUCUCCCAGAUCUACCUUUACUCCUUCAUCAGCCUCUUCAUCUACAUGGUGCUGAGCCUCUUCAUCGCGCUCAUCACUGGUGCCUAUGACGCCAUCAAGCACCCGGGCAGCACGGGCGUGGAGCCCAGCGAGCUGCAGGCCUACAUCGCGCAGUGCCAGGACAGCCCCACCUCCGGCAAGUUCCGCCGCGGGAGCGGCUCGGCCUGCAGCCUGUGCUGCUCCGGCCGGAGCAGGAGCAGGGACGCCUCGGAGGAGCGACCGCUGCUGGUGAACUGACCCGGACCCGGGACCGCGGACCGCGGACCGCAGAGAGCCGGGCUGGCCGUUUUUAGGGGUGGCUUUUAGGACUGGCUCUCGCACCCUGUGCAGGCGUGGGCCACUGGGUCGGACAAGCAUAGGGUGGGUGUUAAAUAAAAAGGGAAAAUACA